GUGGCUUAGUCCUUGCAGCUGCCCCUGAGAGCUGUUUGGAGCGUACAGUCCUCAGUAAUGAAUCCAGAAGAGCGAAUCGUGACAUGGCUUAUAUCCUUGGGAGUUUUAGAUUCCCCCAAAAAGACCAUCUGUGAUCCGGAAGAGUUCUUGAAGUCCUCGCUGAAAAAUGGUGUAGUGCUGUGCAAACUGAUCAACAGACUUAGGCCUGGCUCUAUAGAAAAGUACUGUCUGGAGCCCCAAACCGAAGCUGACUGCAUGAAUAACAUCAAUGACUUCCUGAAAGGAUGUGCGACCCUUCAAGUGGAGGUGUUUGAUCCUGAUGACCUUUAUUCAGGGGUCAAUUUCUCCAAGGUUCUGAGCACUCUUUUAGCUGUCAACAAAGCAACAGAAGAUCAGCUGUCAGAAAGACCAUGUGGACGUUCCUCUUCUCUUAGUGCUGCUAAUAGUUCUCAGACAAACCCACAGGGAGCAGUUUCUAGCACAGCUCCAGGGCUGCAAAGGCAGUCAAAGCCAGUGGAGAUGACGGAAAAUGGAAGUCACCAGUUGAUAGUAAAGGCAAGAUUCAACUUUAAACAGACUAAUGAAGAUGAAUUGUCAGUCUGUAAAGGGGACAUCAUUUAUGUCACUAGAGUUGAAGAAGGAGGCUGGUGGGAAGGCACAUUAAAUGGGAGAACAGGCUGGUUCCCUAGUAAUUAUGUCCGAGAAAUUAAAUCCAGUGAGAGACCUCUCUCCCCCAAGGCUGUCAAAGGAUUUGAAACUACUCCACUUACCAAGAAUUAUUAUACUGUGGUCUUACAGAAUAUCUUGGACACUGAAAGAGAUUAUGCUAAAGAACUUCAGUCUCUUCUUGUUACUUACUUAAGACCUCUGCAGUCCAAUAACAAUCUGAGUACUGUGGAGUUUACAUCUUUAUUGGGAAACUUCGAGGAGGUAUGCACAUUUCAACAGACGCUCUGCCAAGCCUUGGAAGAAUGUUCCAAGUUUCCAGAAAACCAACACAAAGUAGGAGGUUGUCUACUGAACCUCAUGCCUCAUUUUAAAUCUAUGUAUCUGGCUUACUGUGCAAAUCAUCCUUCAGCUGUAAAUGUACUCACCCAGCACAGUGAUGAUCUGGAACAGUUUAUGGAAAGUCAAGGUGCAUCCAGCCCAGGGAUCCUUAUUUUAACAACAAGCCUCAGCAAACCAUUCAUGCGACUGGAAAAGUAUGUUACUCUCUUGCAAGAGUUGGAACGGCAUAUGGAGGAUACGCAUCCAGAUCAUCAGGAUAUUCUGAAAGCAAUCAUAGCAUUCAAAGCUCUCAUGGGGCAGUGCCAAGAUCUAAGAAAGAGAAAACAGCUGGAGUUGCAGAUACUUUCUGAACCUAUUCAGGCAUGGGAAGGGGAGGAUAUCAAAACCUUGGGAAAUGUGAUUUUUAUGUCACAAGUAAUGGUGCAGUAUGGAACAUGUGAGGAAAAAGAGGAGCGGUACUUCAUGUUAUUUUCAAAUGUCUUGAUAAUGUUAUCUGCAAGUCCUCGGAUGAGUGGCUUCAUUUAUCAGGGAAAAAUACCAAUAGCAGGAAUGGUGGUGACUAGAUUAGAUGAAAUUGAAGGGAAUGACUGCACGUUUGAAAUCACAGGUAGCAUAAUGGAGAGAAUUGUGGUCCACUGCAACAACAACCAGGACUUCCAGGAAUGGCUGGAGCAGCUGUACAAACUGAUCAGAGGACCUGCCUCUUGCAGUUCAUUAUCCAAAACAUCAUCGUCAUCUUGUAGUGCUCAUUCCUCUUUUAGCUCUACUGGACAGCCCCGAGGACCCUUGGAGCCUCCUCAAAUUAUAAAACCGUGGAGUUUAAGUUGUCUACGACCUGCACCUCCACUUAGACCAUCAGCAGCACUAGGUUAUAAAGAGAGGAUGUCUUAUAUCUUAAAGGAGUCUAGUAAAAGCCCCAAAACGAUGAAGAAGUUUCUUCAUAAAAGAAAGACUGAAAGAAAGCCAUCAGAGGAGGAAUAUGUGAUUCGGAAAAGUACGGCUGCUCUGGAAGAAGAUGCUCAGAUUCUUAAAGUGAUUGAAGCCUACUGUACCAGCGCAAAUUUUCAACCAGGCCAUGGCUCAAGUACUCGCAAAGAUUCUGUUCCACAAGUCUUACUCCCCGAGGAAGAGAAACUCAUCAUCGAGGAAACCAGAAGCAAUGGCCAGACCAUCAUCGAAGAAAAGAGCCUUGUUGAUACUGUUUAUGCCUUGAAGGAUGAGGUCAAAGAACUGAAACAGGAGAAUAAAAGAAUGAAGCAAUGCCUGGAAGAAGAAUUGAAGUCAAGAAGGGACCUAGAAAAGCUGGUCCGGAGGCUGUUGAAGCAAACUGAUGAGUGUAUUCGGGCUGAGUCCAGUAGCAAGACCUCCAUUCUUCCAUAACCGUCACUGUGCA